GAGGUUUGAAGUUUUGUCUGCUUUUGAUCAUUGGUUUCCAGUUUUGGCCUAAAUGGAUCAAAAUGAUAUAUUAUAUGAUUAUAUUAUACCAAGAUAUAAUAUGAUUAUUUAAUAUAUUUCAUUGCUUAUGUAUGUAUGUUUUAGAUCUGAGCUAAGGAGGGCCUAUUGUUGUCUCUGACAAUCUGACACAAGGCCUCCUUAAUAAAAACAAGCUUUGUAGCUCAUAACAGACUCCUGACACUCCCUCCAGAAACUCGGGUGUUAGAAUCUAGUUAGGAGAAUCAAACUAGGUACCAGAAAAUAUAUUUAACCCUUUUUUUUUUCUUCGAUGAAUACUAGAAUGUAACUGAAUAAUUGGGUAUUCCUUAUUUUUCUCAAAAAAGAAUCAAAGUGAUCAAAAGGGUGUGGUCUAGACUAGUGUCAGUGCUAGUAAUAUGGAUGACUUUCCAAAGGUUUUGUGUGGGUGGAGCUGGGAGGAGAACAAGUUGUUUGAGCUGGCUUUGGCAGUGGUAGAUGAAGAGGACCCAGAUCGGUGGGAAAUGGUUGCAGCCAUGGUCGGAGGCAAGAAGAGUGCAGAGGAUGUGCAGAAACAUUAUGUGAUCCUUUUGGAGGAUUUGCAGGUUAUAGAAUCUGGUAAGCUGGAUCAUAAACUAGGUGAAGCUCAGCCUUGUGGUCAAGUUGAUUGCACACAACCCAGAUGCUGGACUGAUGAAGAUAACAACUUGCUUGUUCAGUGGAACAUUAACUGAUCUCUGGAACCUCUGGCUAUCCAUAGAAGCAGAUUGAUAUCUUUACAAGAACAUGCCCAGUUAGAACACAGCCUAAACAAUGUUGAUGCUUAUGGUUAGUCACGUUAGUGCAUCAAUCUGAAUUUUAUCCAUAGUUUGUAGACGUUUUCAAUCUGUUCUUUGUAACAUGGGAAUGAUCAGUAAAAGGCAAGCAGAAAGACUAAGAUUCCAGACUGUAAAUAGCAGAUAGCCAGAUAUUGGUUGAGCCUCCGCUAUUAACUUGGACUCAAAACACAUAACAGCCUCUUUCCUGUGCUGGUUGCUUCAUCCACAAACCAUAAUGUGGCCCAGAUAUAUAUGGUUAUAAAUGUGAAGGACCAUAAGCAUUUGAUUCACAUUUUCAUUUGGUUGUGAGGUGUACUAUAAAUGUUUUGAGACCUGAUCUAUUUCUUAAAAUUAUUCUGUGACCGUUGAAAUC